CUUCCACGCGGCCCGGGCGCGGGCUGCGCGGGCUUCCCGGGGCGGGGACCGGGGAGAGAAGGCGAGGGGGUGCGUGGCACAGUACAGGGGGUCUGAGGAGACACGACCGCAGGAAGAUGGAGGAAAUGAGAGGGAAACGUUCUGCAGGUCAUGGCUAGAUAGGUGAUGAAGCGACCAUUAACAGGACCGCUUUUUUUUUUUUUUUAACGUUUUUUAAUUUUAUGUAUACUGGUGUUUGACUGCGUGUAGAGGCUUACGUGAGGGCGUUGGAUCCUCUGGAACAGGAGUUACAGACGGUUGUGAGCUGCCAUGUGGGUGUCAGGGAAUUGAACCCAGGUCCAUUUGGACGAGCAGUCUGUGCUCUUAACCCCGACAGGCCCGCUUUUAAGAUAAUUCACACAAGUGGUAAUGUGCAUUGGAGUUACGGCUUUAGGAGUAGGGUGGCAAGGAAGAACCAGCUUGUCUGAAUUUGACCUUUGUCACCGUCAAACUGUAGUAACUGUCCCACCCAAGGGCGUGGGCUGAGCCUCUGGUCCCAACUACCUGGAUUUCUCCUUACACUCUAGGGAGAGUGUGCUUUUUCUUCUCUCUCUCUCUUUUUUUUCUUUUUCAAUAUUUAGGUAUUUUAAUGUCUGAGUGCUCUGUCUUCAUGUAUAACUGCACAGCAGUAGACAACAGCAGAUCCCAGUAUAGAUGGUUGUGAGCCACCAUGUGGAUGCUGGGAAUUGAACUCCGGACUCCUGGAGCAGACAGUGCUCUUAAACGCUGAGACAUCUGUCCAGCCCCGGGAGUAUGCUUUUAUCAAUAUGCAGCAUUACCUGACCUCGCUGAAAAAGGAAUCUUCCCACAGCCCAUUAAUUCAUUUAACAAGUUUGUAUUUGUAUAAUAAAUAUAUUUGGGACAGGCUCUGAAGAAAGAAGAGAUGUCUCAGGAUUGUGGAGUUUUUGUUUUUAAGAUAGUGUAGGGCCACAUGCCUUUAACCCCAGCACUAGGAGGUCGAAUUCCAGGACAGCCAGUGGCUACAUAGAGAAACCCUAUUUCAAAAAAAAAAACAAAAAGAUAGAGUCUUAUAUAGCACAGGCUGCCCUCAAACUUCUCUUAAAAAGAAAACAAGGGGUGGGCGUCUGGAGAGGUGGCUCAGUGGUUAAGAGCACUGCCUGCUCUUCCAGAAGACCCGGGUUCAAUUCCCAGCACCCACAUGGCAGCUCCACCGAUUCCAAAGGAUCUGACACCUUCAUACUAAUGCACACAAAAUAGAAUUAAAUAAAUUAUUAUUAUUUUUUAAAGGGUGGUGGACAGGGUAGUGCAUGCAUUCCGGAGGCAGAGGCCUCUUGAGUUUGAGGCCAGCCUGGUCUACAGAGCCAGUUUCUGGGCAGCUUUAGCUACAUAGAGAAACUGUCUCAAAAAACCAAAAGAAAAGAAAAGCCUUCAAUCUCCGUAUCUGGAGUGCUGGGUUACAGGCUACAGUGGCCUCAAACUCAGUCUUUAGCUGAAGAUGACCUUGAACUCCUGAACCUGGCUUCAGCUCCUAAAUGCUGGGAUUACAGUUGUAAACUUGGAAGCAAUGACCACGUGUUGCUUUCUUCUUCAGAACAGGCUGCAGGAGGGAUUGUGAAAGGUCACUUGAUGAAGUCAAGGUGCUCGGGGAGACUUUAAAACCGGUUUGGUGGGACUGCAGCCAAGCAGAAGGUGAGAUCAAGUUGCUUACCUCCUCGAGCUUCUGCUUGAAGCUCCCUGCCUCCUGGAGCCAUCCCGUUGAGUCCGGUCCAGCACCUCCUGGAGCUGAGCAAAUAGUUAUUAUGAAGGCGCUACGAACAUCUGUAAGGAGUCAUAAAAAGCAACCAGCCAACCACAAAAGAAGGGGAAAAUCUGCCAGUGGCAGCAGCCAAGCCAAGCCUUCUGCCCCUGAUGGCCUGGCCAAGCAGAAGGGAAAAGAAUUACUGCAGGCCUCUGUCUCCCCGUAUCAUCUCUUCAGAGACAUGGCCGACGUCGUGACUUUCCGAAGGAACUUGCUCAGCUGGUAUGACCAAGAGAAGCGAGACCUACCUUGGAGAAGAUGGGUAGAGGAGGAGGCCAACUUGGACAGGCGGGCCUACGCUGUGUGGGUGUCAGAGGUUAUGCUGCAGCAGACCCAAGUUGCCACGGUGAUUGACUAUUAUACCCGAUGGAUGCAGAAGUGGCCAACACUCCAAGACCUGGCCAGUGCUUCCCUGGAGGAGGUGAACCAGCUUUGGUCUGGCCUGGGCUACUAUUCUCGAGGCCGUCGGCUACAAGAGGGAGCUAGGAAGGUGGUAGAGGAGCUGGGUGGCCAUAUGCCACAUACAGCAGAAACGCUUCAGCAGCUCCUGCCUGGCGUGGGGCGGUACACGGCCGGAGCCAUUGCUUCCAUUGCUUUUGGCCAGGUAACUGGUGUGGUGGAUGGGAAUGUUUUACGGGUGCUGUGCCGUGUCCGCGCCAUCGGUGCAGAUCCCACGAGCACCUUUGUCUCUCAUCACCUCUGGAACCUAGCUCAGCAGCUAGUGGAUCCUGUUCGGCCUGGGGACUUCAAUCAAGCAGCCAUGGAGCUGGGGGCCACAGUGUGUACCCCACAGCGCCCUCUCUGCAGCCAUUGCCCUGUGCAGAGCUUAUGCCAGGCACACCAGAGGGUGGAGCGGGAACAGCUCUCAGCUUCUCCAGGCAGUCCUGACAUAGAAGAGUGUGCUCUCAACACUAGACAGUGCCAGCUUUGCCUCCCUCCCACAAAGCCCUGGGACCCCACCCUGGGAGUGGCCAACUUUCCUCAAAAGGCCAACCGAAGGCCUCCCAGGGAGGAGUACUCUGCCACCUGUGUUCUGGAGCAGCUGAGAGCCAAUGGGGGUCCCCUAAUCCUGCUGGUGCAAAGACCGAAGUCAGGUCUGCUGGCAGGACUGUGGGAGUUUCCAUCUGUCGCCCUGGAGCCCUCGGAGCAGCGUCAGCAGAAGGCCCUUCUGCAGGAACUGCAGAGCUGGUCUGGACCCCUCCCCGCCACUCAGCUCCAGCACCUGGGGGAGGUGGUCCACAUCUUCUCUCACAUCAAACUGACCUAUCAAGUGUACACUCUGGCCCUAGAAGGACGGACCCCAGUGACCACUGCACCUCCUGGCGCUCGAUGGUUGACCCGGGAAGAAUUCCACAACGCUGCUGUCUCUACUGCCAUGAAAAAGGUCUUCCGAGUAUAUGAGGACCACCGGCAAGGGACCUGCAGGGGUUCUAAAAGGUCACAGGUGUCUCCUCCAUCACGAAGGAAAAAACUGAGCCGGGGCCAGCAAGUCUUGGAUAGCUUCUUACAGCCUCAUAUCCGCACAGACACACCCGAAAAUACUGCCCAGUGAUACCCUGGGAUUCCCACCCCAAACCCAGUCUAAUAAAAUGCUUGUUUUUGUA